AGGGAAAAACAAACGCAAUAAAGAAAAGCAUUUAGCUUCUUAUUAUUUUAUUUGCAUUUGUACUUAUUUUGCUGUCUUAAUCAGUAUUUAUUUUGUUAUUCUUUUGCAGAUUUAUUAAAAUAAUCCGCGAAUAAAACGCCAUCUUCAGUCAGCGGAUAAGGCGGCUGCGAAUCAGCAGCAAUCUUCCGCGACGCCUUUCCCCACCCAUUUUACUUUCGCUUUCGUUGAUGUGGAACGGUAUGAAACAUACCUAAUUUGCAGCUUACGGAAACAUUUAACGAUCAGGAAAUAAAGACAAAUAAAGCAAUCAUGGACAAUCAGGAACACAGGCCGAACUGGCUGAACCAAAUCUAUCAUAUUUUAGUAUACAUAUGCUAUGGUGAGCUUUUGUUGCUUGACUGUCUGUUCCCUGGAUUAUCCUUCCUCUUACGUGAACUGUAUAAGAUUCUGACCUACUCCAACUCCUCCUCCUCCUCCGCCUCAGUGAAAGUCCACAUGCAGGUUGCUGGAGAAACAUUUCAGGCCCAUGAAACCUUCAUACAAAAGCUGAGCCUGCAGAUAGAGCUCUGCAGUGAAGAGAGCUGCAGCGUCAUCCUGGUCUUCUGUACCGUUGCUUCUCGGAUUGGGACAGACAUGGAGGCAGCCAUGGCCAAAGUUACAGAAGACAAACCUGUCAUCCUGGUGUUCAUGCACCACUGUCACGACCCCAGUCACAUGACCAACGUCACAGUGGAACCAUGCAGUAGCAAAAUAGUUCAAACCGUCCAAUGUGCCUUCCAUGAAUCACAGGGGCUGCUAGAAUGCACGAAAAACGGGCAGGCUGUUGCCGAGGUGCGUUUCAAGUUGCUGCAGUACAAAUGCUACACAGGGGAAGAGAGAAUUAAAAUAAAUAGUGUGCGGCCGUUCUCAUACAACCAAUUUUAAUCAGUUCAGAUUUUAAUUUGAAAUUUGAAUUUCAUCAUGUUGUUAUUUUCUCCCUGAAUUCUGCCAUGUGUUACGAACUGUGAUACUCCCUCCAGGACUGCAGUCCUUAAACAUGAUAUAGAUGUUGGUGAUAAUGUUCCUGUGAAGCAGAAUGCCUAUCGAGUUAAAACGACCAAACGUACCAUCAUGAAGAUAGAAACAGAAUAUCUUGUUCACCAUGGUCUUGCUGCCCUAGUUGUGGUCCUUGGAGCUCUCCGCGUUUGCUGGUACCCAGGCCAGAUGGUACAUUUCUAAUCCGUACGGACUACAGAAAAGUUAAUGCUUUAACUUAGCCUGACUCCUUUCUGCUACCCAGGAAGCAAAAUUUGUUACUAAGUUAGACUUGCUGAAAGGUUACUGGCAAGUCCAUCUCAUGGAACGUGCAUCCCGAAUCUCAGCUUUCGUCACCCCAGAUUUGGGAAAGUCAUCUCCGUACCCUUGACAUUGUGUUUUUGCGUCUCGAAGAAGCUUCUCUAACCCUGAACCUUGCUAAAUGUCAGUCAUGCUACUGUAGCAUACUUGGGUAAACAGGUUGGUCAAGGAACUGUUUGUCCUUUAGAAGCCAAAAUUUCAUCUGUUAGCUCAUGCGUUGGUGUUUUGAUCUGUCAAGGUUUCAAUUUGAAGAUUAUACAUAAGAAAGGGUUUAAAAACAUUGUUGCAGAUUCACUGUCUCGUUGUAACCUUUAAUAGAGGAAAAAGCUCUAUUAUAGAGGAAAAAGCUAUAUGUAGCUUUUCUCUUAAGGGUGGGGGUGUUACGACCCCCAGGGAUUGAUUUCUGCUUAGCCUUUUUUUGGAUUUGGUUGCUGUGGAUUUUGUUUUGUAAAUAUCUGUAAAUAUUUGCACCCCCUUUGGGCUUCACUGGGGGUGACCAGGGAAGCAGGGAACGCGACACCAUUUUACUUUGGUUACGUUUUCUCACUGUUUGGAGUUAGUCAGGGAGAAAGGUUAGUUUUGUGUACUUUUGUUUUCUUUUAUUUGGGUUAGGUGAAAAGUAUCUCUUUUGUUCCAGUUAGAGGUGUUUUUGUUUGUUAUUUUGGCCUGGUUGGUUCCUGAGGUGGUUCCCACUAUUAACCCUCCAGAAAUACCAAAGUAGUGGUCUCACUCCACUUUUUGUUGCGCCUGACCCUAGUCCGGGACGUAAGGCAUGAUUAUAAUUUGCUAACAUUGUCCAACUGCAAAUCAUUAAUGAAGAAUAUUGCGGCAUCUUGGGUAUUUUUCCUUACACUCACCAAGCUGAACUUUUUUGUUAUAAUUACUGGCAGUACACAUGUAUGGUAAGUGAUAAUUAGUAGAGGCCUUGUGCCUUUAUCAUUUACAAAUGUAUCAUAUCUAAUUGGAUAGCAUCAUAUUCUUUUGCCUCACAUUGUAUCACAUUGAAUCUCAUUGUAUUGAAUCAAAUUGUAUCUCAUUAGACUGGUGUGUGAGUGUGCCCUGCGAUGGGCUGGCCCCCCAUCCUGGGUUGUUCCCUGCCUCGUGCCCAUAGCUUCCGGGAUAGGCUCUGGACCCCCUGGGACCUGGGAGGAUAAGCGGUUUGGAAAAUGGAUGGAUGGAUAUAUCACAUUAGUAGUUGCUUUAUAUGUAUUUUUAAUGUAACACAUCAUUGACAAUGCAACAAGCUGUGUAUCGUACCCGGCUCAGUGAUGAAAAUGCACAUCCCCAAUAUGUACUGUACAGCCCUUGUAUAUAAUUGUGGUAGUGUUAGCAUUCAUAUAACACUGUUAGGAGGCGAAAUAACCGUAACUGU